AUGCGUGUUUCCGCCAACCUCCUUAUCGCCGCCGUCUCGGCCUCGGGUGCCUUCGCUUAUAUGCUUGAGACCUACAAGUGGUCCAUCACGGACUGGAGCGGCGGUGUGUACGGCAUCGCUUGGGCCAACUACGAGGCCUCGGGUCCUGCUUUGACUGGGAACAACGUGGCUAUCCCGGCCUUCUCUCUCACUCCGCGAUGCGAGCUUGCUGGCAGCGAGGGCACAACACUCGACUGCAGCCACUUGAUUGAAAACAACACCAAUGGCAAAACCUUUAAAGUUGUCAUGGUCCAUGUUUCCACCUUGAAUGUGGUUAGCUAUGCGACCUACACAUUUAAGUCCGUGGAUAGGUAA